UUGUGCUCCUGCUGUAUUAAAAAAAAAUAAAAAAUAAGCGCAAUCGUAGGUUAGUUUUGCGAACAGCUUCUGUUGAGCUGCUCGGUGUUCAGAUGCGCUGGUUUGGCUUCGGUUUCAACGCCUUUGGACAGAUAUGUGUCCAGGAAAAGUCAGGCAGAGGAGAAAGUAGCAGCGCGCCCCACCAAGUCAAAAUAAGUCACCCAGCAGAGCUCAGCAGUCACGUGGAUAGAAGUAGAUGCUGCUUGAAGACAAGUCAGAUCAGAGUGAGCUGGAGUCGAAGAGCAUCUUUACAUUUAGAGGGAGACAGCUGCCUGAGCUUGGCAGGUUUUGGGGAAUCGGUCUCCAGCGAGGACUGUGGUAUUUCUAAAAUAGAGAGCCGUGGUUGUAAGGAUGUAUUCAUCAGUGAAUCGCACUUGACCCUGGCCUUCCCAGACAGGAUUGAGACCUGGGAUCUGCAGAAGAGGGAGAAGAGUCCAUCAUGGAGCAUGGAUAUAAAAACCGACGCAGAGGGCUCUGAUGUGAAUUUGCCAUUGGUCCCUGGAGGUUACAUUGCCUUAAAGCCUCCCUUCUACUGCACCUUACCAGGACACCUGAAAGCCAGGAGCCUAGCACUGGGUGCAGAGCAUGCUGUUCUUCUUACUGCCACUGGAGCAGUGUACAGCUGGGGACUGGGCAGCCAUGGUCAGCUGGGGCAUGGAGGGCUCACCUCUGAGGAGGAGCCCAGAGUAGUGGAGGCACUCUGGGGGAUGCCCAUGACCCAUGUGGCUACAGGAGGCUGGCACUCAGCUUGCAUUAGUGAUGGGGGUGACCUUUAUGUGUGGGGCUGGAAUGAGAGCGGCCAGCUUGGACUUCCUUCUCGAGGUCUGAGGAAAUCUCAGCAGAAAACUAGUCAACAAACAGGAGAAUUAUGCUGUGAUACCAGCACACCACCAGAUGAAAAGCUAAAGGAGGAAGAGGAGCAUGAAGAUGUGUUCAUAUCAAUCCAGGCGUUCCCCGCUCUGCUGGACGUCUCUUCAUCAUGUGAAAUCCGAGCAGUAAGCUGUGGUUCCCGCCACACAGCUGCAGUAACAACCACUGGUGACCUCUACACUUGGGGAUGGGGGGAAUAUGGCCAGCUUGGACACCAAACAGUAACUAGUUCGGAUGAGCCGCAGCGUGUGGAGUUUUUCAGGGCUGAGCAGAUGCGUGUGCUUGAUGUGGUGUGCGGGACAUGGAACACAUUUGCUGCUGCUGUAAAGGAGGAAGUAGCUUGUGCUGAAAAUAGCACAAAAUGCACUUGUUAAGCACAGUGAACUUUGGACAACAGUUGUAAAUU